GUAAUGCUACCGGUACAAUUAAACAAGAGCAGAGCAGCUGCAGCUCGUAGUUUGUAUGGUCUUGGACCUGAACAGUUACUUGCCUAUGCUUCUUGUUUGCCUCGACUUGGUACAUAUGGUACAAGUAUGUUUUAUAGCGGUGGAAUUUUCAACGGGUUUCAAUCAUACGCUCCGCUUGCGCCUACAUCACCACCUGGUAGCGUAACAAACGGUGCUGCAGCUGCCGUAGCAGCUGGUGCCGCUGGCGUAACACGUGGAUUCAAUUUAGCCGCAGCUCAAGCAGCUGCAGCGCAACAGGCGGUCGCAUUUGAAGCGGCAGCGCUAUAUGCUAUCGGUGGUGAACCUUUUACGGGCAUAUAUCCGAGUGCUAUGCACCAUCAAACACCUCAACUACCCCAUGCCUUCCAUAAAGUCUAA